AUGAAAAUAAAAGGCAAAAAUGAGAAAAGCAAAUUAACAAGAUUUCAAUUAGACAGUGGAGCAGCAUGCAAUAUAAUCACUGCAAGAACAUUGAAAGAGCUUGAUAUUAACCAAUUACAGAAAUCAAGUCAAAUACUGACAAUGUACAACAAUACCACAAUAAAACCGAUAGGAACAUGCAUUCUAAAAUUUGUAAAUCUAAAGAACAAUGAUCAGUUUAAGGCAGAAUUUGUAGUGGUAAAAGAUGGCACUUUGACUCCGUUGUUAGGUAGCAAAGCAGUGCAAACUAUGAAUUUGGUAACUGUAAAUUAUGAAAAUAUUAAAGCAGUGAGACAGGGUGCGCUUUCUAAACCCUUUUCAACAGACAUAGUUAUAAAGGAAUAUGCAGACAUAUUUGAAGGGACUGGUAAAUUGCAAGCAUCACUAGAAUUGGACAAUACUGCAAAUCCUUUAGAACAUCCGCCAAGAAAAGUACCUGUCGCUAUAAAAGAGAAGCUUCAUUCCGAAUUGGAAAGACUGACAAAGUUAGAAAUUAUAAAACCAGUUUCAACGCCAAAUCCGUGGGUUCCAAGUUUGGUAACUGUCGUAAAAAAACCAGACAAACUUCGGAUAUGCAUUGAUCCGAAGCAUUUGAACCAGCAGUUGAAAAGAAGUCAUUAUUCGCUACCAACUAUCGAUGAUUUACUACCAGAACAGAGUAUAGCAAAGGUAUUUAGUUUCGUUGAUGCUAAAAAAGGAUUUUGGCACGUAGAAUUGAAUGAAGAAAGCUCGUUGUUGACAACAUUCAACACACCGUUCGGACGCUACAGAUGGUUGCGAAUGCCGUUCGGUUUAUCUUCUGCACCAGAAGAAUAUAAACGAAGGCAAGACCAAACAGUUGAAGGUUUGCCAGGUGUACGAAGCAUGGUAGAUAAUAUUCUUAUCGAUGGCGAAGGCGAUACAGAAGAAGAAGGCAUUGAUGACCACGAGGAAAUUUCGGGCUUUAAUUGA